AGACACCGCAAAACCAGCAGAACGUUGCUGAAACUUCUUAGGAUGUAAAGCACCACCACUCUAGGGAAAGAGGCAGAUGAUUCAUUUUUUUACUUGUGCAAGACAAAAUCACGACUGCAUGUGCAACGAUCAAAUUGAAUCCCCAGAUUUAUUGCUGCCAACAUGGUGCUGCUGGCGUCUCCGCGUCCGCUUUUCCGUUCGUGAUUCAUACAACGUGCUAUCCCAUUGGUCCAGCAGCAACUGUAGCCCAGAAUUGGUUGCCGGAUACUCAUAUAGAAACUCAGACAAGAAUCUCAUAAGAGAGAUAUUUCAACUUUUGCUUUGUCCACCAGCAGCUGCACGACCGGUCGAGUUUCUAGGUACGUCUGGAUCUCCUGCUGACGUUCAUGUUUCGCAUCACAGAAGGAGCACAGAGACCCAUAUUUGAUCGGAAAUGUCAGGUUUACCUGGGAUGUUGAAUUUGUGGAAGUUUGCAAUGCCAGACAUUGGCUGAUGGCCGCUAUCGAGCAUCUCCGACGAGCCCAGGGCAUAGACAUAAGGCCGCUAUGUCGCUCGCAUAUUUUAGAAAUCAAUCCGCAAUAUCAUGGAUUUCCGCACCUGUCCUUGGAAGUUAAAGGAAACAAAGGUCUGCAAAGGUAGCUCAGAGACCCGGCUCCCCAGUUUCGCACAUUAAACUGUCCUCGAGUGAGCGGUGUAGCGAAUCGCCUUCAGAAGAUCUGAUACAAUGGAAGGUUCCAGCGCCGCCCGACCGCUUUCCACUUCGCGCAUGAGCUCCUCAUCAACUCCCGCAGCUAUCCCCGGUUAUCGGGCAUCGCAUGAAAAUGGAUUCAAGCGGCAUGCACAUUUAGUUCAGGUAACCCUCUUAGGAAUGUCAUGGACGACAAGCUACAAAGAACUUUAACAAAAAGGAUGGGAAGACCCCACCGAGCAGUACAUGGGAUGAAACCAAACAUGUAAUAUGGGGCUAGGCACCAACAAUUUUUGGGUGGAGUCCAACAUCCUCAGAAAACUCGACUGCUGAGUUUUCCAGCCUGAGUAUGGAUUUCCACGUGAAAAAAGAUUGUAUCUAUGCACAACUGUUGGUUGUACGAUAUGAAUAUGUUUCCCUCUGUCCCUAGUGGAUUGUACGUGAAUCUCUCCGUGCUGAUGAGUCAUACAUGGAAACGUCGCUCGAGAGCAACUACUGAUCUACACAGAAUGUGCGCAAAUUUCGCGAUUCUUACUACUUUGCGAUGUAUGAGACAAUAUGUUAACCUGCCGUCUACAGUGAUCGACCUUACUCUUCAGGUCAGCUUGUUCUCUG